AUGUGUGCAAAUCCAUUAAACACAGUGCUGCUUUGCCUUUUGUGUGAGGAGUUUGGGGGUACUCUUCCGGAAAAUAGAACCAAGCUCUAUUUAGGCAUGAUUGAAUGUGUCUUGAGAAGAUACAGGAAAAAGACGGAACUUCCUGAUACAAAAGAAGAUCUUACAAAUCUUUACAAAUCGCAAUUGAAAACCCUUGGAUCAAUAGCGCUAAAUGGUUUGAUUGAUGACAAGUUGGAUUUUGAUGAGAAUGAAUUAGGAAAGCAUGCAAGUGACUUGGCUGCAUUCGGAUUUCUGUCAGUUCAUCCUGGACGUAGUAAGCUGAGGCCGAGUCAGCAUUAUGCUUUUCUACACAAAAGCUUUCAAGAAUGCUUUGCAGCAUUUUAUAUCAGUUGUGAGAUUCAAGAUAUACAAAUAACACCAGAAAUAUUAGUUUCCGAUAAAAGAUAUUUCAGCAGCCUAAAGCAGGUGCUAUUGUUUUCGUGCGGUAUUUUAGCAGAACAGUCCGAUCAACAGGCUAUGGCUCUUGUCUCGAGUAUUGGAGACCGGGUUGACAAUCUAGACGAUGACAACAGUAGGGCUGUGGCAGUUGUACUGGAAGCCAUUAAUGAAUGCAAAAGAAAGAAAGAUGAUUUUCACCUGCAGUUAGCAAGAUUGCUUGGCUCAAAUAUGACCAGAGAAUCAGUUUAUCUUCAGUCCCAAGGUAACGAAUUGACACUAAUCCUCUCUGAGGCACUUAAAGUCAACAAGACUCUGAGCUAUUUGAAUUUUAUGGCCAAUCAGAUAAGUGAUGCCGGUGCUACAUCAAUUGCUGAGGCAAUGAAAGUCAACAAGACUCUGACCAAGUUAAAUUUGUAUUACAAUCAGAUUAGUGUUGCCGGUGCUACAGCUAUUGCUGAGGCAAUAAAAGUCAACGAGAAUCUGACUGAUUUGAAUUUGUCUGACAAUGAGAUAAGUGUUGCUGGUGCAACAGCUAUUGCUGAGUCAAUUAAAGUAAAUGAGACUCUGACCAAUUUGAAUUUGUCUGGCAAUGGGAUAAGGGAUGUUGGUGCUACAUCAAUUGCUAAAGCUAUCAAAGUCAACAAGACUAUGACCAAUUUGAAUUUGUCUCUCAAUCGGAUUAGUGAUGCCAGUGCUACAUCUAUUGCUGAGGCAAUCAAAGCUAAUGUGACUCUGACCAAUUUGGAUUUGUCUCGCAAUCAGAUUGUAAAAGUGGAGGGCGACUUGUUUGGGCACUCGUGGGAAGAAGAAAAAGCGGGAGGACAGCAAGCUCUGAUGAACGUAGACUCGCGUCUUCUCGAUCAGGACGUAAGCCAAUGUCUGGACGGCAAGGCGUGGGAGAAACAUGAGAUGGAACAAGUAUGUACCCCGCGUGAUCUGGCCCAGGACACAGCAGACUGUCUUAAUCGCUUGGAAACGGAUCCUUCAACAGGAAAACGAGUUGUUUUGCGCGUGCAGAUCACUCUCUAUAAGGACAGUUGA